AUGCCGGGCAAAACACCCUCGCGCAGCGGGAAGGAUCCCCUCGAGAACGGCGUCCCUAACAGCAGCAAGGAUGCUGAAUCGAAGGACGCCAAGAGCAAGAGCAAGAAGGCGGCGAAGGACGGCGACGAGGAGAUGACUGUCGUCGUUCCUCCCUCCAAGAAGGCAGCCGCCAUCACAGCGGAUGCCGACGGCGACGUUGCGAUGGGCGAUGAGAACAAUGCAGAUGACGCAGAGGUCAAGGUCGACCCUGUGGUGCAGGCUGUGGCAGACAUCAAGAGCAACUUCGCUCUGCUAGACCGCGCCGUCGCCCUCUUUGAUGCCAGAUUCUCCCUCCGAGCGUUGCGGUCCAUCUCGACCAUCCGCAAGCGCCUGACCCCCGAUAUCAUCGCCCAGGCCAUCGUCGAGACCUUCCCCGCGACCGUCACCUCCGGCAACGUUGCCAAGCAGCUCUUGAUCGCCGUAGGCCGCGAAAAUGUGCCCCUCGGCAAGUCCACCAGCCCCGAGAUGGAGGUCGACAACGAGCCCGCCAAAGCCAAGAAUGCCCCGAAGAAGGAGACCAAGGAUGUCAUCCCGGAGAUUGACAUCUUCCUCGGCAUCCUCAUCCAGGUGCACCUCUACGACUCGAGGCAGUUCCAGCGCGGAGCCGACUUCUCCAAGCAGCUUUCGGACCGCAUUCACACCCUCAACCGCCGCACAUUAGACUCCCUCUCCGCCAAGGUCUACUUCUAUUAUUCAAUGUUCUGCGAGAACCUCGCUCCCCAGGCCCCCUCUUCCCAGUCUCCGAUCGUCGCUAUCCGGCCGACUCUGCUAGCCGCCCUGCGCACCGCCGUGCUCCGCAAGGACAUUGACACGCAAGCUUCGGUCAUUGUGCUUCUGCUUCGCAGCUACCUGCUGACGUCCCACAUUGCGCAAGCCGAUUUGCUCGUUUCCCACACACAGUUCCCCGAGAACGCUGCCAACAACCAGGUCGCCCGCUUCCUAUACUACCUCGGACGUAUCCGCGCCAUCCAACUCCGAUACACCGAGGCACACGAGCACCUCACGGCCGCAACGAGAAAGGCGCCCUCCAGCGCCUGCGCCGUUGGCUUCUCCCAGACGGCCACCAAGCUUCUGUUGGUUGUUGAGCUGCUGAUGGGUGACAUCCCUGAGCGGUCCACCUUCCGCCAGCCCACUCUGGAGCUCUCUCUGCACCCGUACUUCCUCCUCGUCCAGGCCGUCCGCGUCGGCAAGGUCCAGAACUUUGAGACAAUCAUUGCGGACCACGCCGACACCUUCCGCCGGGAUGGCACCUACAGCCUGAUUCUGCGUCUGCGCCAGAACGUCAUCAAGACGGGUAUCCGCAUGAUGUCUCUCUCAUACUCCCGCAUCUCGCUCCGCGACAUCUGCAUCCGCCUCGACCUCGGUAGCGAAGAGUCGGCCGAGUACAUCGUCGCCAAGGCCAUUCGCGAUGGAGUUAUUGAGGCUACCCUCGACCGCGAGCAUGGUUACAUGAAGAGCAAGGAGGUCGGCGAUGUCUAUGCUACGCGGGAGCCCGGCGAAGCCUUUCACGACAGAAUCCGCGCGUGCUUGGCUCUGCACGACGAAAGUGUCAAGGCUAUGCGUUUCCCCAUGAACCAACACCGCCUCGAGUUGAAGAACGCCCAGGAAGCGCGCGAGCGCGAGCGCGAGAUGGCCAAGGAGAUACAGGACGGAGAUUUGGAUGAGGACGACCUCGGCGGCGACUUUGAGGGAAUGUAA